AAAAUAUAAGAAAAUCCUUCUAUGAAGGUAGGAAUCGAACUUGGGGUAAAAGGACUGGAGUCGUCAAUAUUUGAUCAAAUUUGGAACCCUAGUCUCCCGCUCCACGUUCUGCAGUUGACCACAAGAUUACUCAAUCAUGGGAGUGCGUGGUAGGUUUCAGUGUAGGGAUAUUAAUGAAAAACUAAGGAAGUUCUCAUGGAGGAUUGACAACUUCUCCACUAUUGAAGACGAAAUGUGUUACUCUGAGGAUUUUAUUGUUGAGGGAAUCAAAUGGCAAAUUCAUAUCUUCCCCAAGGGAAACAAUGUGGAUUAUUUGUCAAUCUAUUUAGGUGUUUCAAAUUCAGCAACUUUGCCUUCUGGGUGGAGUGCAUAUGCCCAAAUCGGAUUCGCCGUCAUCGAUCAAAUAGAUAGGAGAAAUUCCGUUACACAAGUCGCUACGCGUGAAUUCAGAGCAGAUGAGGGAAAUGGUGUCUUCGGCUUCACAUCAUUCUUACCUCUUAAUGAAUUACGUGACCCUAAAAGAGGCUAUCUUGUCAAUGAUGCAUGCUUGGUUGAAGCCUAUUUUUCCAUUGAUAGGACUAAAGCUUUGAUUUCACAUGAACUAAUAGUCGAAACUGAUUCGGAUAAACUUAAGACCGAGGAAGCUAUUUGUGCUAAGGCAGCCAUAGAAAACCAGAAAAUUAUGAUAACCAAGCCAGAAGAAUUAACAACUCCUCCACCAACUGAGCCUUCUUGCCAGGAUGAGGCCAUUGAACCUGAAGAUCCUACUGAUGAAGAUAUGAACACAUUUUUCACUAGCUUAGAGUCUGAGCUAAGCUGUAGAACUGUUUUUUCUCGAGAAGAAGCAAAGGAAGCACUGGCUAAAGUAGAGGAAGCCCUGAAUAUGACCCCUGUUAAUUUUUAUUGUUUUUCCAAGAGAUCUCUACGUGAUAAGAAGGCAUUCAAGAUCCUAGCUAGCUUUUAUUGUUCCUCUACCACUCUUACAAUGAAGCAAAAAAAUGUGCUGUCUGCCAUGGAGCAAAGCUUGCAUGAACUAGCUGAUCUUUUCUCGAGAAGAAGCAAAGGAAGCACUGGCUAA